GAGGGGUUUAAGAACAAAUUUGUUCGUAAGAACGGUUCGUGAAUGAGGCCCAUUGUUCUUAAGUAUUUUUUUCUCCCUCCGUGUAAUUCUCUGUGCAGUAUUUUGGACAAAAGUAUUUCUUGAUUUUGGAAAAAGUGUACCACUGAGGUUUUGCUGAUAUCUAUUUUUCUGACAUGCUUCUACAUGUAUGUGACCAUAGAUCAUGGGCAAUAAUCCUUUUCACCCACACCCAUGUAGUAUAACACCAUUAAAUUAAGUGUCUUGCUAACAUGGAUGUAUUUAUCAGUUAUGAAGAAAGGAAUACAUACUAAUGCAGUAUAUUUAUAUAGUAGCUUAGGAACCCUCAGACAUGCAUCUAGUAAAGUCCAUCUGUGUUCCAAAGUCUUACCUAGUAACUAUAAUGAGCACUACCUUCAGUUUAGACCUUAACCACAUUGAUUCUAAAUGUUCAUUCCUGUAUCCAUUCCUUCCUCCAGCCUUCUGUACUCCCCUUCUUCCCCUUUACCAUUUUUCUUUCUCAUUGUUUCCACAGGAAGAUCUAUCAGGAGCCCACAAUGACACGAGCCAGUUCAGUGGGUUUAUGUCAGCUUUGGACUUCUUCUUCGUGAUAGAAACCAUAUGCGUCAGCUGGUUCUCUAUAGAACUGGUCCUGCGCUUCUUGUCUUCACCCAGCAAGAUCUUGUUUUUGAAGGACUACAUGAACCUGAUCGACUUCAGCUCCAUUCUUCCUUUUUUCAUUGAGCAGUUCUCAGAUAUUUCCAAAGCAGCUGAUGGGGGGGAGCAGGAGGAGUCAACACUGGCCCUCUUCAAGAUCGUCAGGCUGGUGCGAGUCUUCCGGAUCUUCAAACUCUCCCGCCACUCCAAGGGUCUGCAGAUCCUGGGCAUGACCCUGAAGGCCAGCAUGCGUGAGCUAGUUCUGCUCGUCUUUUUCCUACUCAUUGGAGUCAUCAUUUUCUCUAGUGCCAUCUACUUUGCAGAGGGGGAUGAGGAAGAAACAACCUUUCUUAGCAUUCCUUAUUCUUUUUGGUGGGCCGUGGUCACCAUGACUACAGUUGGCUAUGGUGACAUGUACCCAGAAACACUAAUGGGCAAGCUGGUGGGCUCCCUGUGUGCCAUUGCUGGGGUGCUAACCAUCUCCCUGCCUGUGCCUGUCAUCGUCUCCAACUUCAGCUACUUCUAUCACAGGGCAAAUUUGACCUUUGACCCAUCACCUUACAAGCAUGUCAAGUGCUCUUUGUGGGAGGAAGAUGACGAGGAUGAUAAGGAAAAGGAUUUCUUGGCUUUGGGAGGCCUGUAUACUCCUCUGAAUGGGACUCUACCUACAUAUGAAGGGAAUGAGUUUCAGCAGGUACGAAAUGUAUACAUUAAGGAACCUCUGCUGACAGAGGUGUGAGAGUAUGAGGUUAGCAAAUUGUGCUAACUGACCAAAGGCCAAGAGCAAUUUGGUUGCUACAGAGUCUUACUGUAUGAAUACAGAAUACCAAUAGCAGGUGACAAAGUCCAUUCACAGGGAUUGUGCAGAAUUUAUUUUUAUUUAUUGAUUUAUUUUGAUGUAUGUAUUUAUUACUAUUAUAUGCAAUAUUAUCUUAAAUUGCUUAGCAUGUUUAUUCGUUGACUAAAUUGAAUGAAUAAUUGGUGUGCCUUAUUUAUUUAAUUGCAUUUUUGGCAGUAUUAUAUAAUAUUAACCAUCAGAUUAAUUAGUAAUUAGUAACUGUUACGUCCUGCCUGUCAUGUCUGCCUGACCCUCCUGUCUGCUCCCUCAUGUGGUGCUGAUGAGCCAUGGCUAUUGUUUGUUGCCCCUCUUUGUAUAUUAGUCCCGGUUUGUCUCAUCAUCCCUAGUCCAGUCAUGUUCGUGAGCCCAUGCGGUCCUGUUUGCUUUCCAGCCCUUGUUUAGUUUAGGUUAAAAGAAACCCUUUUUCUUUCGGCAAAUUGCCUGCUCCCGAAUCCUUUGUCCCGCAAGUUGUGACUGUAACAACCUUUGUUACAUUUAUAAUUUCACUGAAAUGAUGAUUAACUGUGCAGUAUUUUUUGGUUUUCCAUCGAUGAAAUCAUAUAGCAUGUGAUGUUGUAUACCCCAAAUCAUUUAUUACAUUAUAUAUCAAAACUAUAUAUGUGUGGAGUAUGUUGUGUGUGACAUCUAUAUUUAUAUGUACUGUAAGUAUUUAAUAAAAAAGAUUCUAUCUGAUUUUUCCUGUAAUGAAAUGCAAUAAAUGCCAUAUCUGUCUCUAGCAACCUAUUGGAUAAAAAACCUAUUGGAUUAAAAACUUAUACCUAAUA